AUGGAAACAGAACGUAUAAAGAAAACUGAUCACUUAAUAAAAUUGGAGGAUGCACAAAUAACACCCUUUUUAUGUAAUGGAUGAAUUAAUUUAGGGAAAUCCUAUGUUAUAUUUAAUGAGGAACAUCCUGAAUACACUUUAAACUAGCUUCUUCGCUUUCUGCUAAAGAUGAUAUAUGUGUAAGCAAUUAAUUUAAUAUUUGUUUAUAUUAUAUCCUUUUUAACAUUUUAUUUGGAAAGUUUUUAGAAUUUGCUAGUUGGACGUGAUGAAGGUAAUACUUAUGUACUUUACACGGUUGCCUUUGUGAUAAUAUUUUAUAUUGCAGUAUGCGCAAAAAAAGCAAGGACUUCAUUUAAGUUGAUAAUAUUUAUUAUAUUGUCAUCAAUGGUCAUAUUUCUUUUUGGAAAUCUGUUGGGAUUGAUAGUACUAUAGUACCCUAGUGAAUAAAAAGUUAUUUUUUUAGUUUAUACCAUCCUCUUAACUUCGACUAUGAUAAUAUCAUUCAUUUUAAUAUUGAAUUUUAUUCCAACUUAAAAAUUUAGUUUUGAAAGUAAUAAUAUAAUUAAAUUAGAAUUGGUUGCUACAUCCACUUUAGCCUAGUUAAUAAUAUUUAUAAUAUUUAUUAGUAUUUACAGUGAAGAAUGGGGUUUUAUUGUAUUUGUCUGGCUUUAUCAUUAUUUAUAUUGUGUAUUUUUUACUUAUCAUCUCAUUUUAAUAUCAACAGGAUAAGAUGUAUUUUAUAAAUAAAGUAUUAUAGAGAAUUUUUAAGGGAGAUGAAAAUAUACCUUUAGAUUAUAUGAUGGCAGGAUUAAUUGCUUAUAUAGGAUCAGUUUGUUUAGCUAUAGCAAUUGUUCAAAUAUUGACCCUAAUGCUCCUUUUUGAAUCCAUUUUAAUAUUGUGUUGCAAAACAGAUGAAAGAUAUUUUAGUAUUGUUUGA